UCGUUUUUUGCAAACGCGAACUACGUCCGUCGUUGUCGCCUUUUUGUCCCUUCAGGCGACUCGUCUAAAUCUUGACGUGGCAUCCUCAGUAGCGCAGCUAGCGCUUGGCAGUCUCCGCCUUUAUCGGUCCAGUGUGGCGUAAAGUCUCUUUUAUGGGUUUUAUCAUCCAUUAAUACAGCACACCAAACAUGUUUACGUUCUCGGAACUCGUCGUGCUCCUCGGCGCGCUGUCUUACACGGCAAACGGCUAUUUUGUGAGCAUCGACGCUCACGCGGAUGAGUGUUUCUAUGAGCGCGUGAACUCGGGCACCAAAAUGGGCCUGAUGUUUGAGGUCGCCGAGGGAGGAUUUCUGGACAUCGACGUGGAGAUAACAGGUCCAGAUGGGAAGCAGAUCUAUAAAGGAGACCGCGAGUCCAGCGGCAAGUAUUCUGUAGCCGCCCAUAUGGACGGAAUCUACAAGUUCUGCUUCAGCAACAAGAUGUCCACCAUGACCCCUAAGAUUGUGAUGUUCACCAUCGACAUCGGCGAGGCACCCAAAGGACAGGAUAUGGAGACAGAGGCUCAUCAGAAUAAGCUGGAGGAGAUGAUCAAUGAGCUGGCGGUUGCCAUGACGGCGGUCAAACAUGAGCAGGAAUACAUGGAGGUCCGAGAGAGAAUACACCGCGCAAUCAAUGACAACACGAACAGCAGGGUGGUGCUGUGGUCCUUCUUUGAGGCUCUGGUGCUGGUGGCCAUGACCCUCGGACAGAUUUACUACCUGAAGAGAUUCUUUGAAGUACGGAGAGUCGUAUAAAAUCCUGUCUGUGUUCCACAACAUAAACACAUCGAGUCCAAGAUUUACCAGUUUUAAGAAUUGGAUGUCCAAUUCAACAGAGAUGGGAAGAACUUGGUUGUUCGCAAGUCCACCCAGUCUGUGUUUUGGUUUUUAUUUGCCCCAGUUGUAGUUCUCUUCAUCAUUUGUUUUGGUAAAGGGUGCGAUUUUGAAUCAAUUCAUUGAGUUUGUUUUAGCCUGACUUGAUUUUGAACAGUCAUCUUUAUAUAUAUUUUUUUUUUGUUGUUUUUUUUUGCUUGGUGUUUUUUCUCCAGAACUGUUACGAUUGCACAUUACUCUGAGAAUGAAGUAACGGUGAUGAUGUGGUGUUGUCCCAAUAUAAGAACAUGGUUUAGGAUUGUAUGGAAAUGGCAUGAUGUAAUUAAACCAUAACAUGAACAAUGUUUUGAGCGAAUGGGAAGUCAGAUAUAAGUGUCAGGAAAUGUCACAUUUCAUGUCAUUUUCACUGCUCAUUAUCACAUUUAGUUAUGCCAACAACAACCUCCAUGGCACAUAUUUAAACCUGAUGCUGGUGAAGCGGCAGAAUAACUGCUUAGUUACUUUUGCAGAUUUUCUGGUGUGUUUUUUAAAUGUUUAGGCAGGGUAGGCCCAAUUUCUUUUCUAUCUCUAUCUCCAGUCUCUUCACACAGGAAGUACUUUAUGUAGUUUUGUACCACUUUUGUUGUCUAAAAUUCUUACAUUAAAGAAAAUGCUAAAUAGUUUGGCUAAGACUACUGGUGAACUGAUGAUAAAACGGUAAACCUCAGAAGUUCAACGAAUAUGUAUGUCAAAUAUGGAUUUGAUUUAAUAAACAUGAAACGUUCUUAAAA